AUGCCUGGUGGAGAUCUGGAAUCUUACAUCUCACAAAAUGGCAAGCUCGGUCUGGCUCCAACAAGAUUUUAUGCCGCUGAGCUUUGCCACGCUUUGUCAUUCGUUCACCAGAGGGGAAUCAUCCAUCGAGCUGUGAAUUUGGACCACAUCUUGAUCGCUGCUAAUGGGCAUAUCCGGCUCACGGGUUUUGAGAUCUGCAAGGACAACAUAAAGCACGAGUCAAGAACCACUACAUUCUGUGGACGUGGUUUGAUAGCGCCAGAGGUUUUACUAGAUCAGCCCUAUGGCCGAGCAGUAGACUGGUGGGGCUACGGAGUAUCAUUGUUCAUGAUGCUCGAAGGCCAGAGUCCAUUCCAGGGAGAAGACAUGGACGCCAUUUUCGACGAAAUUCUAGACGAUCAAAAACCUGCGUAUCCGCCUGGAAUGGAAGACAAUAGCAAGUCAAUAUUGCAACAAUUGUUGCUUCGUGAUCCCGAAAGUCGUCUCGGGGCUCAGGAAGAUGAUGCAGACCAGGUCAUGCUCCAACCCUUUNUUGAAGGAAUUGCUUGGGACGAUAUCGCCCAAGAACGCACAUCGCCCCCUACCAUACAACGCAGUGAUGCUGCAGAAUUGGCACAACACAAUACGUCUACAACAGUGACUGCGCCUCGGCUCUGUAGCACGGAACGUCUCGAUAUUUUCGCUGAUUUUUGA